AUGGCUGCCAUGCUCUGUGAAAAUUGUUCUGGUCAGUACCACUACACCCAGGUCAACCAGCCCCUUGAAACCAGCUGCAUGUUGCUCCUGAUUAUGUUUGGAAAAGUGUUCCUUGAUUUCUUCAUGUUGCAGGUUAAGCAGAAAGAUGUGAAAGUUAGUUUCAUGGGAUACUUCUGUGUUUCACUGGCACUUCUUGAUUUCAUACUGCUGAUAAGUAUAUCUUUCAUUUUCUACCUUGAGGACUUUGCACUCUGGGGUGUACGAUUUACAAAGUACCACAUUUGCCUGUUCACUCAGGUCAUUUCUCUUACCUAUGGUAUUUUGCAUUACCCGGUGUAUCUGGUAGCCGGUCUGGAUUACUACAUGACUAUAGCCCAAACUUCUCACUUUCCUAAAAGAAGUCAAAGAUUACUUUAUGUAUUUGCUGUGGUUGUUAUAUGGAUCUCAGGGUUUUUUUGUAUUCUGGAAGUUCCUGCUGUCUACAAAGGACUAGAAAUUCAGAACCGCUUUUCUCCGUAUCAGUGUCCCCUCCAUGCCAGUGUGCAGAGCUACUCAGUCUCAUGUGCCAUGGUGCUGCUGACAGGCACAGCCCUCCUGGCUUGUCGGAAGGAACUCCUAGCCAUGCUGAUGUCUGUCAGGGUUGUUUCCUUUGCUGGUCAGCCUGUUCUGAUGUUCUCGUACGUGUCCAACAACAAUGGCGCUAGCUUUAAGUGGCAGCUCCUGACCAGACUCCUCCUCUGUUUCCUUGGCACUUGGGCACCUUUUCUUCUUCUUCAAAUUAUCAUCUUGUUUCUGGGUGCUCGGAUUCCAGCCUACAUGGAGAUGAAUGUCCCCUGGCUCUACUUCAUCAACAGCUUUCUCAUUGCAGUGGCAUACUGGUGUCGAUGUCGUGACGUUGAAUUGACAGAGGAGAUGUGGUCCACAGACCCAUUUGUCAGCUGGAAAUUCUGCUUUAUGCCAUUUAACAAUGAAAACACAGAGCCAGCUGACAAGCCAGGCACAGUAAUUGUAAUCUGUUAA